AAAAUGAUCAAAGCGUAGGGAGGAAAAAGGAAGUUCUAUGUUAAGUUUUAAAAACCCUGACCGUCUACCACCACCAUUAUUGGCCGAAGUACGGAGGCGCCGACGCAUCUGAGGUGAAUUUCAUCUUCAAAAUACGCAAAGUACUAGAAUCUGCCUUACAGGGUGCUGAAUUUGACCCUCAAGUGAUACUUUGAUCAUGAGUACUACUGCAAACGACGGUGAAGAUCAUGAAGAGGUUUAUCUCGAGGAGGAUGACAUCAUCGAUGAAAUUAAUGUAGAUGAAGAAGAUCUCCCUGAUGCAGACGACGAUGCAGAUUCCGAUGCUGAUGCUGAAGCUUUUGAUGAAGCUGAUGAUUCAAUGCACAUAUUCACGGGUCAUACUGGUGAAUUAUACACAGUUGCAUGCAGCCCAACCGAUGCUCAAAUGGUGGCCACAGGGGGCGGGGAUGACAAAGGUUUUCUUUGGAAAAUUGGUCAAGGCGAUUGGGCUCUUGAAUUACAAGGUCAUAAGGAUUCGGUAUCCUGUCUGGCCUUCAGUUACGAUGGGCAGUUGGUUGCUUCCGGAGGCUUUGAUGGUGUCAUUCAAGUUUGGGAUGUAUCUUUAGGAACCCUAAAAUGUACACUUGAUGGACCCGGAGCCGGCAUUGAGUGGGUUAGGUGGCAUCCACGUGGACACAUAGUUCUUGCUGGUUCAGAAGAUUCCACCGUUUGGAUGUGGAACGCUGACAGAAGCGCAUAUCUUAUGUCAUUUUCUGGUCAUUCUAGUUCCGUUACUUGCGGGGAUUUUACUCCUGAUGGUAAAACAAUUUGUACUGGUUCUGAUGAUGCAAGUUUGAGGAUAUGGAACCCGAAAACUGGAGAGAAUAUUCAUGUCGUUAAAGGUCAUUUUUAUCACGCCGACGGGCUUACAUGCUUGACUAUAAGCGCGGACUCGUCUCUUGUUCUUACCGGCUCAAAAGACGGAUCUGUUCACAUUGUGAAUAUCGCAACCGGAAAGGUUGUUAGUUCUCUAGCUUCACAUACAGAAUCAGUUGAAUGUAUCGCGCUUUCACCUAGCACGCCUUGGGCCGCAACAGGAGGCAUGGAUCAAAAACUUAUUAUUUGGGAUCUACAACACUCAUUGGCCCGUUGCACGUGUGAACACGAGGAUGGUGUGGCGUGUUUGACAUGGCUAGGCGGUAGUCGGUAUGUGGCUACAGGGUGUGUGGAUGGUAGAGUGAGGAUAUGGGAUAGUCUCUCUGGAGAGUGCGUGAAGACUUUGCGGGGACACACUGGUCCUAUCCAAUCUCUAGCCGUGUCGCCUGAUGGGACCCGCCUAGUGUCCGUCGCCCUUGAUGAAACUGCUCGUGUCUUUGAGAUUGAUGAAUUUCGUUAAAUCGUGUUUAGAACAUGUCAACCAAACAUAUUUGUAAGACUAAUACAUGUUAAGACUGUAUCAAAUGGUUUUUGAUAGAUCUUGUAUCUUACAGGGUAUUUAUUAUUAUAACUAUGUAUGUGAUUUAAAUUAUGUAAAAUCAUAUUUUUA